GAGUAGUAGUCGUAUAUAUACGUUUGACGACGACAGAAAUAUGGAAGGAGCCGAAAACGGCGGAGCGCCUCAGUGGCCACACAAUCAGCCUCAGUUCCCUCACUUUGUGGAGAAAGAGCCUCCAGUGGUUUUCCCUGCGUCUGCGUCCUUCCAUGAUCCGCAUUCAUGUCGGUUAUCGUUGUUCUAUGAUUAUGUAGCGAAGAAGCAUUCGAUAGCACCGCCGCCUCUCUGCCCGUCCGCUCCACCCUUUGCUCAGCCGCUUCCACCUCCGCCACCGUCCCCUCCAUCGUACAACACCUUCCAUGACUGGACUGUUCGCUACGCUCCGUUUUUCUGGAGAGAUGUAUGGGAGUUCUGUGGGGUAUACAAGCCCAGCAAUGCUGGAAACCCUCUUUUAGAGAUACGAGGGGACAACCUGUCAUCCAGUGAACAAUCCAUCAAUAGGUUUUACGCUCAGCAAGCCACGUCCCAAGGACUGCCGCGAACCCAAUUCCUCUUCGGAGCUCCGUCGAUGAGGGGUUUAUCUCGUCAGGCGUUCGUUAAUACCGUUUUUUUCCCUAGAGGAAAGUUAAACUUCGCGGAAAACGUAGUUCGAGGGGCAGGGAGGCUGGAUCAAGAUGUUGCCUUGAUCUUCUCGUGCGAAGGAACACCCCCGAGAGCCAUGACAUUUGGCGACUUGCGUCACCAAGUCGCUGUAAUGAUGCAGUUUUUCCGACGAACAGGUCUUCAGAAGGGCGAUCGAGUGGCGGCUGUGGUUUGCAACACUCCAGAAACAGUUGUUACAAUGCUCGCUGUUACUGGAUUAGGAGGCAUCUGGUCGUCUUGUUCGCCGGACUUCACCCUUCCUGUUCUACAUAGUAGAUUUGGCGACCUCUCUCCGAGAGUUUUGGUCACCUCUGAUGUCUACCAGUUGAAGGGCAGAACCACCUCAUGUAUUCGAAAAGCAGAGGACCUGUGUCGACGAUUGGCAAGCGUCAAGACUCUCCUUACUCUUCCCUUGGAUGGAGCAGUGGAACAAACGUUUUAUGAGGAUAACAUUUCCCGAGCUCCUGGUGUUUUUCAGGCCAAAUAUUCUGACAUCAUGAACACGUCGGCUGCAACGGAGCUCGCGUUUCCGGCCUUGUCCUUUAAUGACCCUCUGUUCAUUCUGUUUUCCAGCGGCACGACAGGGCCACCAAAACGCCUUAUACACCGCCAAGGGUUACUGCUGCAGCUAGUGAAGGAGCAUCAACUACACCUAAACGUUCGACCAGGAGACUCAAUGCUGUAUUAUUCCACAGCGUCCUGGAUGAUGUGGAACUGGCUUGUCGCGGGACUCGCUUCCGGUGCCAGUCUUCUUUUGUACGAAGGCCAUGCAAUGUAUCCAGAUCCCCUCGUCUUAUGGAGGUUUUUCGACCAACACGGUGGAACGCUUUUCGGGACGAGUGCUAAGUAUCUCCAGGACUUGGAAAAAAUGGAUAUCGUCCCCAAAGCUACGUUUGCUAUGAACCGUCUGCGGACGCUAUGUUCGACAGGGUCGCCGUUGUACCCUCACACGUUUCGCUACGCUGCAUCAAGCAUUAAGAAAGAUCUCCACCUCGUGUCUAUGUCUGGUGGCUCUGACAUAUGCUCUUGUUUCCUGACUGGAAAUCCAACGGGUGACGUCCGAGAAGGACUUCUUCAAGCUGAAGGCCUCGGGAUGGACGUCGCUGUUGUCAAUUCGUUUGGGGAUACCAUCGUGGGCCGUACAGGCGAGCUGGCAUGCCUUCAGCCGUUCGUUAGCCAGCCCAUACAGCUCUGGGACGACGAAAACUGCGCAAAAUAUUUAGAGACGUAUUUCGACAAGGCGAGAGGAGGAUUGUGGCUCCAAGGCGACAACUGUAUUUCUUUUGCGCCUCCAAUAAAAGGAUUCGUGAUUACUGGGCGGAGCGAUGCAACGUUAAAUCCGAGCGGCGUGAGAGUCAGCAGCUCAGAAAUUUACCAGGUGGUCCUGGGACAUCAAGGCGUUAAGGAAUGCAUUGCCGUUGGGCGGAUGCAUAACGAUGUGGAGCACGUGAUCCUCUUCAUUACUCUUACAGGCACACACCGGUACACCCCACCCUUCGUCGCAGAGCUGAAGAAGAUGAUCCGAGAGUCUCUGACCCCCUUCCAUAUCCCGAAACACAUUUUCAUGGUUGACGAAAUCCCCAAGACGAAAAACGGAAAACUAAUGGAAAAGGAACUCAAGAAUUUCGUCAAUGGCGAACCUGCAACAAAUCUGGAAAGCGCACAGAACCCGAGUGUAUUCAGAGAGUACGACCGUUUCGUUCACAAACCUCGACCACCCGUUCCUCCGUCCCCGCAUGCGUGGAGGUCAGAAUAUGAAGAGGAAUAUGGCUUCCCUCCGCCCACGGAUAGCAUGGAUUACUAAUCAUUCGAUGCCCGAAACGAGACCGGCGAGUGCCUUCUUUUCUUGUCAGCGUGACGGGAAAGUUGAGCUCUGAUCCAAAAUGACAGCAAAGGAACCAGCACCUGUCUCGUGCUUCGUUUUCGAGGAGCAGAGGCACGUUUCCACCGGUGCAAAACUCCACCAAGAAACAGAGUGCUCUCGCAUCCGUAACAUAGGUUGUCGCUCACCAAAAAGUGGAGGUGAACAGCACCUGCAAAUUAUGCUUUAUAAAUGAGCGUUUUAAUGUGUAGGCGCAUGCAGGGUUUGUCGCAUGAAUGUACUUUUGUAUUUUCUUUAUUCUCCGGUAACGCUCUACACAUGCACCGGUGAUAGCUUCAUCUAUUUGUGUAUGUGUUUGGAAACGUCAUGUUUUCUAUCUAUGCGUUCGAAGACCUGAUGUUGCGU